AUGGAAAAAGUAAGGUUUUCAUGCGAAGUUGAUCAAGAGAAACUGAGCAAAAGUAGACUUAUACCUGAUUGGCUAAGUCGAAUCAAACCACCAUUUGAGCUUUUAGAUGCAAAUGUUAUUCAAAUAGAUUAUUUUGGACCACGAAUUGGUAUAAUAAAUUUAGAAGUCGACUACUUAUACAAAAACGAAAAAUAUCAUGAAAGGAUUUUCUUAAUAGGCAGAGCUGUUUAUAUUUUAGUUAUUUUUAAAUGCAAAGACGAUAAUGAAUUAUAUACUAUACUUGUUAGUCAGCCAAGAAUAGGUAGUGGGACUUUCUCACUUGAAAUUCCUGCAGGAAUGCUUGAUGAUUCAAAUGCAUUUAUAGAAUGUGCAAUAAGAGAGCUCGAAGAAGAAGUUCAUAUAACUGCAAAAGAUGAUGAAAUGAUAGAGUUGUCUGAUUUUAAUUUUACAAUUCCUGAAUUAUGCGAUGAUAAUUCAAAAUAUUAUUUAUACUACAAAGAAGAAACAAAAGAAAACAUCAUGAAAUUCGAUAAUAUGAGUACUGGCGCAGAAGAAGACGAAGUAAUUACUUUGAAAGUAUCAAAAUUUAAAGAAGCAAUGAAAUGCGCUACAGAAUCAGUAUCAUUAUACUGCAUGAAGAUUUUUGAGUCCAAACUAGCAAACGGAGAGCUCAAAUUAUAA